AUGAACCACGGAACGACGUGCGCGUCGAACUACGUGGUGUACUCGAGCGAGGCGAGCGCGUAUCUGGCGGACCUGAUCGCGCAGCAGCUUAGCGUGGAACGCGGGACGGUGAUCCGGAAACAGUUUAAAGGAGGCGAAAAGUACCUCCGUGUUUUGAUGAACGAGAAGUACCAGUUGGUGGGGCAGGACGUGAUAUACGUGGCGGCCACGCACACAGACGACGACCUGCUGGAGCUCGUGCGACUGGGUUGCGCCUUUGCUGCUUACGGCAGCCGCCGCCGCAUCUUUGUCAUCCCCUUCCUCGGCUACAGCACCAUGGAGAGGCAGGUGCUACCGGGGGAGGUGAUAACCAGCAAGGUGAACGCGCGCAUUCUCAGCAGCAUUCCCAACAGCAAGCUGGGCAACAUCUUUCUCUUCAUGGACCUCCACGUGCAGUCGCUGCUGCAGUACCUGGAAGGGCCGUGUACCCGAAUGGAGCUGUACGCAGAGCAGGCCCUACUGGAGGGAAUCAAGACGCAUCUGGACCUAUCUCAGCCGUUCAUGUUCGCCUCGGCUGAUCUCGGCCGUCCACUGUGGGUGGAGAGCUUUGCACGCAAGUUCAAUGUGGAUGUGGCGUUUGUGAGGAAGUCGAGGCACAUGCAGGAGACAUCGGUGCUAGGAGUGGUGGGCGAGGUGACUGGCAAGCAUGUGAUUAUAUACGAUGACAUGACACGCACUGGAGGCACAUUGGUGAAGGCAGCAGAUGCAUACAUGGCCAGAGGAGCCAGUCGGGUCAGCGCUGUUCUCAGCCACUUCGCCUUGGCAUCAGAGGAGGUGAUUCGCAUGUUGGAAGAGAGCUGCAUCAGCGUCAUCAUCUCCACCAACACCCACCCCAUCAGCAUGCAUCCAUCAGUAGCAGGAUCAAAGCCUAGCAAGUUCCGCAUUUUGGACGUUUCGCCCAUCUUUGGAGAGGCGAUCAUGAAGCUUAUGCACGAAUAG